UCCAUGCAUUGUCCUGUUUAUUUACAACUAACACACCAUAUAGACAUUCCGUUCUAGAUAAUUGUUAGCAACUUCCUUCCAAGUUGUUUGUCGGUUUCGCCUCGGUCGUGGCCAAAGAUUUUGUUCAUUUUUUUGGAAUAUGGCGAAUUGAUAACACCAUUUGGAAGUCCCGCGUGUCAAUAGUGUUAUCGCUAUAUUUAGUUACGCAGCUGAAUUGAGCAAAAUCACCAAUGUAAUUUAAUAUCAAUUUAGAUUUUUCAAUUUGUGUUAUAUAUAUCUAUGUAUAUACGUAAAUAUGUAGCUACUGCAAACUUGAACUAGUGUUUUUGAACUGUGUUGUGUGCAGUAUAUAUCCGAUGAAGUUUUUGGUUUACUACUAGUAGUUGUACCUCAACGUACCCACAUGUUUGUGCCGUAUGUAAACAACAGAGCAAUGUCAGGGCUGACCCGCGUGCCUGCGCGCGUCAUCUCUUACCGCCGCGCCACACCGCGCCACGACGCGCCGCCCGCCGCCCGCCGCUGGAACUUACGCACAUCUUGCUAUUAAUAAUACAUUAAUUUAAGGUCUUAUUAAUACAAUAUGUGUUUCAUACAUCACAUGUUGUGAAAAAUAUAUAAGCGACCAACAAGCGUAUACAAUUCCAAUAUAACUACUUGGGAUUCUCGCCUGUAGGAACAAUGGAGACACGGAGAUAGCGAGCGCGAGGGCGAUGGCCACGGCACUCGUUGUGUUGCUGGCGGUGGCGGCCGCGGCGUCCCCCGCACCCUCCGCACCUCCAUUAGAUGUCACCACGCUUCUAGAAGAUAUGACGUAUGAAGUGACCAUGACCACACUCCUACCUGAGAAUGACACCGUUGUGGAAAUAUCCACCAUCGCCGCGGAUGACAACAUUGGGAGUACAAGUGUCUCUCUGGCGGGGCAGAGGGGCGACGGAGAGUGGCGAUGUCCCCGCGGCUGCGAGUGCGCUGCGCUGGCCGAGGGCACCAGCUAUAACUGCUCGCUGCCCAGCGGCGUGCUCGCCUUCGACGAGUACGGCGACGGCAUCACCUUCAAGUGCCAGAGCGGAGUGUUCCGGUGCGCGGAGCUGCCUCUAGCGGCGAGCGCGGGCAGGCUGGGGCGGGGCGCGCUGCAGCCGGCGCUGGGCAGCGUCACUCUGCGCGGCUGUGCGCUACCCGCGGAGCCGGUCACGUGCGCGCUGUCCCGCCGCGGCGGGCGCAACACCACCAAGCUCAUCGUGCAGGCGCCGCGGACCCCGCUCGACCCGGUGCACCUCCGGGGCCUCGAAAACCUAGAAAUGCUGCGCAUUACCGAUCUAGAGGGUGCGCCGACGGAGCUGCCGCUGAGAGCGCUGGGCGCGGUGCCGCGGCUGCGCCAGUUGAUGUUGAACGAGGCGCAGCUGCAGCUGCACGAGCCUCUGCCCGCGCUGCCGCUGCUGGCGCUGGAGCUGGCGGCGGAUUCGCUGGCCGCGCUGCCGCCGCAAGCCUUCCGCGCGCUGCCGACCCUGCGCCGCCUGGGCCUCUGGGCUAACGCCCUCGCCGACUUGCCCGAAGAUACCUUCGAAGGCCUGGAGGAGCUGCGCGAGCUGAGCUUGAGCCAGAACCGGCUGACGUCGCUGCCGGGCGCGCUGCUGAAGCGCACGCCGCGCCUUGAGCGCCUCGACCUCUACGCCAACCGUCUGCGCACCCUGCCCGCCGCACUGCUCGCCGGACUCCGACACCUCGUGCAGGUGCGGCUGAUGGACAACGCUGGAGGGCUGACGCUAGAGCCGCGCGCCUUCGCGGAGCUGCCCGCCCUGCGCGAGCUGGACUUGAGCCGCAGCGCGCUCCACGAGGUGCCGGGCGACGCGAUGGCGGGAGCGCGCGAGCUGCGCGUGCUGCGCCUGGCGGGCUGCAAGCUGCGCCGCCUGCCGCCCGCACUGCUGGCCGGCCUCGCGCGCCUCGAGACGCUCGACCUGUCCGGCAACCUGCUCGCCGACCUGCCCCGAGGACUAUUCUCCGAUCUCCAAAACCUCAAUGAACUCAAUCUCGAUGACAAUAUGUUAACGACCCUGCCGAGCUCCUGCUUCCUCGGGCUGCGCAACAUGGACACGUUGUCGCUGAACCGCAACCGGCUGGCGGAGAUAGCGGUCGACGCGUUCGUCGGCGUGCGGCAGCUGCAGCGGCUGUCCCUCUCGCACAACCUGCUGGCGCUGGGCGCGAGCGAGCGGGACGGCGAGUCCGGCGAGUACAACCCGCUGGGCACGCCGCCCUCCGCCUUCAGCGCGCUGCCCUCGCUGCGCCGCCUCGACCUCAGCCACAACCGCGUGGCCGCCCUGCUGGACGACUGGCGCCUCGUGCUCGUCUCCCUGCAGCGCCUCGACCUCUCCUGGAACACCAUCGCACUCCUCGACUACACAAAUUUGAAUUUUCUGAGUUCGGGAGUGACGGUCGAUCUCCGGCACAACAACAUUUCGACGGUUCUGCUGCUGGGGCCGACUGAUGGCAGCGCGGUGUUCCUGCUGGACGACAACCCCUUCCAGUGCGACUGUCACACACCGGCGCUGCGGCAGGCGCUCGCCACACCGGCGCAAGGCGGCGGCGUGCAGCUGGUCGCCCCCGCCGCGCUCUGCGCCGCGCCCUCCGAGCUCGCCGGCCGCCCCCUGCUGGACGUGCCGGACGACCGGCUGGCCUGCCCGCUGCCGGCGCCGCCCUGCCCGCGCGGCUGCACCUGCCUGCUGCUCCCGCGGGCCCUGCGCCUCGACUGCGGCCCGCUGCCCGCCCGCCUGCCCGACCCGACCACGCACGGCGUCGACCACAUCGAGCUUCGUCUGCGAGACGCCCCCUCCGACCUGAGCUCCCUCCCCGGCGUGCGCGCGCUGGACCUCGCCCGCCUCAAUUUGACCCAGCUGCCGGCCAUCGCGCCCGGAGUCGAGGUCGACCUGACCGGCAACCGGCUGAGCCGCGUGCCGGCCGAGCUGCUCGCCCACAACAAGCUGCGGCUGGCGGGCAACCCGCUGGCCUGCGACUGCGAGCACGUCGCGGACGUGCUGGCGCUGCAGCGCGCCGGCGACAGCCGCCUGCAGAACUACGGGGCGCUGCGGUGCGCGGACGGGUCGGCGCUGAUAGACGUGCACACCGACAAGCUGUGCCUCGAGCGCAACGCCAUCGUGCUCGCCGUGACCCUGCUCAUCGUCGCGUUCGCGGUCGUCUGGUUCUGCUACCUGCUGCACCGGCUGGGCCACGGCGUGCCCUACUGGGUGCUCGGCUGCGGCUGCUGCUCGCCGGAGGACGAGGACGACCUCGGCAAGAAGUACCACGCGUUCGUGUCGUUCGCGCACGAGGACACGGCGCUGGCGGAGGAGAUGGUGGCCGCGCUUGAGGCGCCUCCGCACUCGCUGCGGCUCUGCGUGCACUACCGCGACUGGACGCUCGGCGACUGGAUCCCCGAACAGAUCGCCACCUCCGUGGAGAGCUCGCGGCGCACCGUGAUCGUGCUCUCGCGCGCCUUCCUCUCCUCCUACUGGGGGCUGAUCGAGUUCCGCGAGGCGCACCGGCGCGCGAUGACGGACGGCAAGGCGCGCGUCAUGGCGGUGCUCGUGGGCGAUGUCCUGCAGGACCCGCGGCUGGGCGACGAGCUGCGCACCUACCUCGCCACCACCACCUACCUGCACCGCGACGACGUCCGCUUCCUGCCCAAGCUGGCGUCUGCGCUGCGCCCGCGCCGCUCGCUGCUGCAGGCGCUGCGCCGCACCGCGCGCCCCGCGCCCACCUCCCCCGCGCCCCUCGCGCCCACCUCCCACGCGCCCCCCGCGCCCCCCGCAGUGGACAAGCUGAUCGGCAUCGCUCUGGAGGGCAAGCUGACUCAGGAAGGGAAGCUCAUCAACGCAGCCUUCACCGCGCCCUCGCUCUAGUUGUGGUCGGGCCGGCCGCUCUCCGGUCGACACAAACUUCAGAGCAACGAUAAUUGUACAUGACAAUUAAAAAUACUUGCGGAUAAAUGUUUUACGUUUUUGGUCUGAAAAUAUUGUGUUUUAAAGUCGGUUUCGCUGUGAUCUUAGUGUGGUCGUGAGAUGAUAAUAAGGUCGAAGUAAAUUAACUCUUCCAUUUUCCAAACGAAUUAUAUUAUAAGUACCAGUAUUUCUAGUCAAGGGCUCUUGUAUGUGUUGCGCUCACGUGAUGAACCACAAGCAAUGGCAAGGAGAGUGUAAUAUAUGCAGCAGGAGUGACGUCACCCACCGAGCAUUCACCUCUCCGAUACGAUGUCACGAUGUAUGCGCGCGGCCGCGUCUUGUCCUCUGCCAUACCUUUCAUAACUAUAAAAUAUUUGUAAAUUAAUAGAAGGCAACUAAGUGUAAUCGAAUAUGGAGCAAUAACUAGUUAUAGUGUUGUCUAGUAAUUUCUUUUCUUAUAUUUCGUGUUAUUGCAGAGAGCGCGUCGAGCAGCUCCUGCUACCAACAGCACUACUCUUGUUGUUGAUGUUACUAUAAAGGUUGCAUGCACUUGAUCGUCAGACAUCCGCAACAUGUCACUGUGUCACCGAACCAAAGCUGCGUGCGCACUCAUGACACGUACGCAUGUUUGACCGGGAUCAAAUUUGUAUGACUAAUUUUAUUCCAUUUGAUAUGUAAAUAUUUAAGUGUUUUCAAAUGUCUUUAUUAUAAGAUUUUUUAUUUUUUACAUUUUGCAUUUUAAUUAAAGCAAGCAAAAACAAUGUAUGUAACGAGUUUAUUUAAGUGCAUAAACUAAAUCCUAAACCAAUAACUUCAACCA